AUGAAGAUCGUGAUCAUUGGUGCCGGCAUCUCCGGAUGCACAAUGUAUCUGGAACUACAGAAGCAUCUUCCAAAGUCUGUGGGGGUUGAACCUUACGAAAUCAUCCUCUACGAAGCAUACAAUACCGAUGUGGAUGUUACAUCAGAGCAGCGCCAAGAGGUGCACACACAUUCGUCCACACUCCUGGUAGGAGGCGGCUUGGGCAUCGCGGCAAACGGCCUGCGUGUGCUGCAACGACUGGAUGAGAGUCUUCUUCGAGAUGUUGUCCGCGGUGGUUAUGCGGUAUCAUCAUCGAACUUGAAAAGCAAAAACGGAUCUUCUCUUCUUUCCCUUGGGGCCGCUGCCUCUAUCGACGCUUCUCCACAGAUGAAUAUGGUGAUGUCGAGUCGCGAUACGUUCUGGAGGUGUCUACGUGCACGAGUCCCGGGCGAUCGUAUCAUCAACAAACGGAUUGAAAAGGUUGUGGCAAAUCCGAAUGGAAAUAAUCAGAUCUUCUUCGUGGAUGGCAGUCCACCCGUGAACGCAGACCUUGUAAUUGGCGCAGAUGGUGUUCGAAGUACGGCCAAACGGGCGAUAUUUCCUGAUGCCAAGGAGGAUCCCUAUCCACCUCAGUAUGAGGGCCUUGUCGGUGUGGGAGGAUUUAUCCCUGCUUCAGAAGUCAAAGCAGUUGUCGAGAAGGGGUCCGUGAACUUCAUAUUUGGAGGCAAUGGAUUUUUUGGAUACUUCUUCUCAAACAGCGCUGAAGAUGCACCUCAACGCGACUCUCCAUACCAUGUUUGCGAACCAGGAGAUUCUCUUGCAUGGUGGUCAACCUAUGAGAUCGACGAAUGUCCCGAUCAUAAGAAUAUUGACAAGGCAGAUGUGACAAGACAAUUGCACAAGAGACACGCGGAGUGGAAAGAUCCAGUCAUUCAGAAAAUUCUGGGCUCACUUGAAGUCAAAAGCAUGUAUCCCACAUGGACCAGUCCUCCCAUUCCAACCUGGGAGCGAGACGGUGUCGUCCUAGUCGGAGAUGCAGCGCACGCUUUGCCUCCAAGCUCAGGACAAGGCUCUUCGCAGGCACUAGAGGAUGUAGAGGCGUUGGCUCUCAUAUUGUCACAUCACCUGCGUAACGAAGUGACAAGCGAAAGUUCUACCUCGGUAGCCGAUUAUAAGGGGGUAUUCAAAGCAGCGGCAAAACAUUACAUGGCCCUUCGCCAACCACAUGUAGCCCAGAUCUUGGAAACCGCGAGAGAAAGUCAGAAUAGAAAACGAGAAAUGGGCGCCAUCCAGGAAUACAUUAUGUACGGGUUCUUGAAAAUCAUGGGCUUCUUUCCUAGCUUGAUGACCAGAAAGCUCCGAUCGGUGGUGGAAUACAACGUGGUGGAUCACGUAGCCGAUAUUUUGGCGAAGGAAAACUAG